ACAUUAGGUAUCUCCUCACCGAGCGCGGCCACCUAAGUGUAUUCUCCAACGCUUGCUUGUACAACCGGUACUUACGUGGUAGGUAGUACCGGCACUCGUUGCUGCACCGGCGAUGUACCUACCUAGACUAGUACCUCCAUAUCACCUGCUGUAGAUAGGUAGAUAUAUGUGCCUUACCUAAAUCAGGUACUCCCCCCCUUGUCUUAGGUACAUCCGCGUAGACCCUAUUAAGCUCUGGACAACUUCCUGUUUGGAAACAUUUCUGCGACAAUCUCCUGCCAACAACAAACGCCCCCUGCUCUACCUACUUACUUACUACGUACUUACUUAUACACACUGGAGUCACUUGAGUCACCAGAAAGCUGAAAAGCUGAAAAGCUAAAGCUCUCUAGCAGAUUCUGCAACACGCAGGUCCGCGCCACGCCAGCCUGUCUUUUGCCAUACACUGCUAGACAGAUAGACAACAGUGCGCCGCCCUACUCUAAUAGAUCUCUAGCUCGUCGGCACUGGCAUCAUGAAGUCGCUUAAGAUGAGCAAGGUGUUCAACACCAUCAAGAGAAAGAAUACCAGCGGAUUAGAUGUCUCGGUUAAUUCAGACGAUACCAGCCCCGAAGCCGUCGCCGUCCGCAGUGUGAAAUCCUUCUGCGAGUCAAACGGCCCAAACAGCGUUGAAGACGAGGUCAUCUACCUACCAUCCAUUGUUGAAGCCGCCGAAUCAUCACCCAGUGCCGCCAAACAUUGCGCCGAUAUCAUACGCGACUAUCUGAAGAAGGACUAUGUCACACGGCCCGAUUUCCAGUACAAUGCCCUCAUGCUCGUCCGCAUUCUUGCCGAUAACCCCGGCCCCACGUUUACCCGUAACCUCGACCAAGAGUUCGCCAAGACGGCCAAAGAUCUGUUGAAGAACACACGCAACGAGCGGGUGCGACAAAUGCUCAUGGAGACACUGACAUCUUUUGAGGCGACCAAAUUCUACGAUGAAGGCUUGACACCCUUGAUCGAGAUGUGGAAAAAGGAGAAGGAGAAGGCCCAAAAGUCAUCAUACUCGGCACCUAUCCAAUCCUACCUGCGUCAACAAUCGCGUCAGCCUCCACCCCAGGCCAUGGACAUGAUGACAGCGGCACCAGUGGACCGCCAUUCGCAAAAUUACUUUGCGCGCAACCACCGCGUUCGUUCACUUCCAGAGCCCGUCGAGCUUGCUGGUCGCCUGGAAGAAGCCCGGACAUCUGCAGGGCUAUUGCAGCAGGUCGUGACUAACACGCCACCCGGCGAAAUUCUCGAUAAUGAUUUGAUCAAAGAGUUCGCAGAACGUUGCAAGAGCGCGAGUCGCAGUAUACAGGGAUACAUGGCCUCGGAAAACCCGACCCCUGAUAAUGAGACAAUGGAAUCUCUUAUUGAUACCAAUGAGCAGCUGCAAAACGCAUUAAAUCUUCAUCAGCGUGCUAUGCUCAACGCGCGGAAACAUGUUGAAUCUCUGGCAUCCGACAAUCAUGACCUCGUGAGCUUGGACUCUAGGCAGACGCCGACGAAUGACCGGGAAUUCGGGCUUUCUAGGAGGCCGUCACCCCCCGAUACCGGUUUGGGUAUACAUAUAUCUCAUGCCUCUGGUUCGAGGCAGCCUGCCCGGGAGACGAAUGGGAAAGGCAAAGGGCGCGAGUAUGAACCCUUAACAUAUGCUGGUUCCUCCGCCGGUCCCUCAAGGUCACGUACUCCUCCGGCAGAUGAGGAUCCAUUCCGAGAUCCCGAAGAGCAGACAAGCUCAGCCACAGCUAAGGGAUCUUCGAGCCGCUACCUCGAUCAAGAGCCAAGACUUGCCUUUGAGCCCUUCCACCCUGGUUUUGAUACUACACCUUCCUAUGCCGGUAGGCAAGAUAGUGCAGUAGGCAAGGAAGCAAUGCACGGCGCUGUUGAGAACUCUUCAUCCGGAAAAGCUAAUGAUGUAGCUUUGGCAUCACAAACUCGUAUCAGCAGUGAUGACGAUAGUCUCUACGGCGCUUCAGGGUCAAGGCAAAAGGAGCCUAUCUACCGGUACUAAGAUGGGUUGGGCGAGUAGCUAACGGGCAAAAGCUGCUAUCAAUGUGGUCAAAACACCACUGUGGAAUGACGCAGCAUUAGGUGGAAGAAGCGGGGGAAACAUCUAAUACCAUUUGUCUUUUUCUGUUUGGCUUUUUACUUCCUUCAUGUUUUAAGUAAUGUCUAUGUGCGAGAACGAGCGAUGAUUAAAAAAGACAGAUUAGGGAGGCAAAGCGAGAUCCUCGUUUACUUGGGAGAGGUGUAUGAUGAACAAGUCAAUACAGCGAAGCGAGCAUGUGCAUGAAAAGAGAUAUAUUUUCCGAUAAAGUGCAAACUUUGUGUGUUCAGCUUGAACGUAUGGAUGAGGUGGUGUGAUAUAAAGUGCAAAAUACACUUAUUGAGAUGGACAUCUGGGCAAGAUGAUUGUAGUAUGUUAUGUUAACUCUGGUUUAACUUACUGCCAAUCAAAUCAAGGGAGUUAAAUAUGAGGUCUGCGAUUGGUUGGAGCUAUGAAUGCAUACCUGUAUGUAUGUAUGUACGUAACUAGUGGUGCUCUUAACUAUAUAUGAAUAUGUAUAAGUUAUUUAAGAAAAUAAUUGAGUAAGC